AUGACACCUGCCGCCCCGCCCCUCGGCCGCCCAUUGGCCCGCCCCCCGCCGUUGCCCGGCGACCCGCCGAGCCCUGCCAUUGGCUCUCCCGCCCCACGUGACCCCUCCCUCCCCUCCCGCCCCUCCGCGCCGUUGCCCGGCGACCCGCCUUCCCCGCGCCGCGCUCUCCCAUUGGCCCGCCCGCCUCACGUGACCCCUCCCUCCCCUCCCCGCCGUUGCCGGGCGACCCGCCGCGCUCUCCCAUUGGCCCGCCCGCCUCACGUGACCACCCGCUUCCCCUUCCCCCCCGCCCCGUUGCCAUGGCGACCCGCCUCUUCCUCCCCCCCCCCCCGGGGGGCCAGCUUCUCCUCGGCCGGGGAUUGGCCGAAAGGGCGGCGUGAGGGGGCGGGGCUGGGCGUGACGUCACGGCGCGGGGCCCCCUUUAUAAGCGGCGGGGCGGGGCGGGGCGGCGGCAGAGGCCGGCGGCGCCAUGGAGGGCAGCUACGAGGAGUGCGCGGAGGCGGCGCGUGGCUGCGGGCGCGGGUGCCCACCCCCCCGCGGGUGGCCCUGGUCUGUGGGUCGGGGUUGGGGGCCCUGGCCCAGGACCUGGAGGACGCCCAGAGCUUCGACUACGCCGACAUCCCCCACUUCCCCCGCAGCACCGUGCAGGGCCAUGUGGGGCGGCUGGUUGUGGGGCGCUUGGGCUCCGCCCCCUGCGCCGUCCUGCAGGGCCGCUUCCACCUCUACGAGGGCUACAGCCCCGCCCAGGUGGGUCCCGCCCCGUGGCGCUUGCCGGUGCGGGUGCUGGCGCUGCUGGGGGCGCACACGGUGGUGCUGACCAACGCCGCCGGCAGCCUCCGGCCCUUCCUCCGCCCCGGCCACCUCCUCGUCCUCACCGACCACAUCAACCUGCCCGGCUUGGCCGGGCGCAGCCCAUUGGCCGGCCCUAACGACGAGAGGUUCGGCCCCCGCUUCCCGCUCAUGGUGGGCGCCUACGACGCCGGGCUGCGGCGAUUGGCCCUGGCCUUGGCCCCCCAGCUGCGGGCACGCCCCGGCGUGUAUUGCGGGGUGGGGGGGCCCAGCUACGAGACCUGGGCCGAGUGCCGCUUCCUCCAGCGCGUGGGGGGGGACGCCGUCGGCAUGAGCACGGUGAUGGAGGCGGUGGCGGCGCGGCACUGCGGCCUGCGUGUGCUGGGGCUGUCGCUGAUCACCAACGUGGCGGUGGAGGAGAGGGAGGAGGAUGAAGAGAAGGGGGGGGAGGGGCGGGUGGGGGAGGGGCAGCCCCCCCCGGCCCCGCCCCCCGGUCACGAGGAAGUGCUGGCCGCCGCCCAAGCCGGAGCUCGGCACCUCCGCACCCUCCUGGUGGCUUUG